UUCUGAGAGGAGGAGGAGGAUAAUAUGUGAUUGGCCGGGCUGGGACUGGUAGUCCGGAGGCUGGUAUUGUGAAGCUGGCGCUGAUCCCCGUGCUCAUGUUUACACCUUGCGGACGGGGACGAGACAAGACACCCAGGGGCCCAGCACAAACUCGGGAGUUCGGACUUUGGUGUUGGCGGUUACCUGACAGAAUUACCUACCCCCGUGCUACUUUGUGUUUUGGGGUUUUUUCCCCUCCCAGACUCUGUCGUUUAAUUUGACAUCUUCAUUUAGCGAUGCGUCAAACUUUUCGGUGACUCUCGCAGCACCUCUGCGCUCACGGCUCCCAAAAUAGUGGAGCUGGCAAUGAAGUCUACCAGGAAUAGUCACGAUGAAUCGUUUCUUUAUUUGAGCAGAGCUUGACAUCCGCGGACCUCUUCAAACUUUAAUUACGCAUGGAAAUUACGCCCUUUCAACCUCUCCCAGACGUUCUCGAGCUGCUCGGUGAUGGAUGUGAUUUGAGCCGUUUGCCGUUUGCGUCAACAGUCAGGAGUCAAGUAUUUACAAAAACAGAGGUUUCUAACUCAAUUACUGGAGUCGCUGGUGUGUGACUUUUCCCCGCGCAACCAUUCUGGGGGUAAAGACUUUUCUCGACAAAAAGCCGCUUGGUGUAUUAAAAGCUCCGCAGGUUACGCUGCGUGGACGAUCCGGGACAUUUCACGACGGCUGGACGGGAAAGAUGCGCUCUGUGCGGAUGCAGCGUGGCCAAGGUCUCGGUCCUCUGGUACUUCUCCUCCUGCUUGGGGGAUUUGCCGUGUCCGCUACUGAGAGCAGCGACUACAGCGAGGCCGAGGUUCUUCCCGACUCCUUCCCGUCAGCACCGGCAGAACCUCUCCCUGAAUUCCUGCUAGAACCCGAGGAUGCUUUCAUAGUGAAGAACCGUCCAGUCCAGCUGCGCUGCCGUGCUUCACCCGCCACCCAAAUCUACUUCAAAUGUAACGGAGAGUGGGUGAACCAAAACGAUCACGUCACUAGAGAGAGUCUGGACCAGAUCACAGGCCUGGUGGUGCGGGAGGUGGACAUCUCAGUGUCGAGGACCCAGGUGGAGGAGCUGUUCGGACUGGAGGACUACUGGUGCCAGUGUGUGGCCUGGAGCUCAGCUGGCACCACCAAGAGCAGCCGCGCCUACGUUCGCAUUGCAUACUUGAGAAAAAACUUUGAACAGGAGCCUUUGGGGCGGGAGGUGCGUCUUGAGCAGGAGGUGCUGCUGCAGUGUCGCCCCCCAGAGGGCAUGCCUGCUGCCGAGGUUGACUGGCUGAAAAAUGAGGACGUCAUUGAUCCAUCACAGGACUCCAAUUUUCUGAUCACGAUUGAUCACGAUCUGAUCAUCAAGCAGGCCAGACUUUCGGACACGGCUAACUACACCUGUGUGGCUCGAAAUGUGGUUGCCAAAAGACGCAGCAGCACAGCUACGCUUAUUGUUUAUGUGAGCGGAGGUUGGUCUUCGUGGACGGAGUGGUCGGAGUGUAACGCUCGGUGUGGGCGCGGCUGGCAGCGUCGAACACGCAGUUGCACCAAUCCGGCCCCUUUGAACGGAGGAGCCUUCUGUGAGGGCCCGCCGGUGCAGAGAGUAACUUGCACCACGCUAUGCCCAGUGGAUGGAGGUUGGACUGAGUGGGCAAAGUGGUCCGCCUGUGGGACAGAGUGCACCCACUGGCGCAGCCGAGAGUGCCAAGCCCCCCCACCCAUAAAUGGAGGAAAGCACUGCAGUGGCAGCAUGAUGGAGAGCAAGAACUGCACUGAGGGGUUAUGUGCAAGAAAUAAAAAGAUUUCUAUUGAACAUACAAGCCAUCCCCUGGCUCCAGGUAUGGGUGUAGCAGUCUACACGGUUCUCGUGGCCCUGCCGCUGAGCGUAAUAAUGGCACUGUGCGUGGGAGUGCUCGCAUAUCGCCGCAGAUGCCGACAUCUCCACGGAGACAUCACCGAUUCUUCAUCAGCUCUCACCACCGCGUUCCACCCUGGCAACUACAAACCUCCCAGACAGGAUAACCCUCACCCUCUACAUCCCUCAGCUCCUCCAGAUCUGACAGCCACAGCGGGGGCUUUCCGCGGGCCGCUCUUCUCCCUCCAACAAGGGGUCAACGACAGCCCCCACAAAAUCCCCAUGACCACCUCUCCGUUGCUGGACCCCCUGCCCAGCCUGAAAAUAAAGGUGUAUAACUCCUCCACGCUUUCUUCCCUGGAGCUUCCCAAUGACAUAAGCUCAGGUGACGGAGAGAUCCUCAGCUUAAAGUCGGUGGGUACCGUGGGCAGAGAGCGAGAGUAUCACACCCACACGCUAUCCAGAGAGGCUGGGUUGAGUACAAGCGCCACGCUUGGAAAUCUAGGAGGACGCCUCACUAUUCCCAAUACAGGUGUAAGUUUGCUGGUCCCCCCUGGCACAAUCCCCCAGGGGAAGUUCUAUGAAAUGUACCUCAUCAUCAACAAGUGGGACAAAACAACGUUACCCUCUGAGGGCAGUCAGACUGUACUCAGUCCUGUGGUGAGCUGUGGUCCAUCUGGUAUGCUGCUGAAUCGCCCCGUUGUCCUUACUUUGCCACACUGUGCCCAGCUAGACACGCCAACACCUGACUGGACUCUCACACUGAAAACGCAAACGCAUCAAGGAGCAUGGGAGGAGGUGCUGACUGUAGGGGAGGAGACUUUGUCAUCCCCGUGCUACCUGCAGCUGGAGGAGGAGUGCUGUCAUGUUCUCAUGGAGCAGCUUGGAACAUACGGCCUUGUGGGCCAGUCGUGCCCUCCACAGCCUGCCUGCAAGCGCCUGCAGCUGGCUCUCUUCGCCCCCCGCGCACCAUGCCUCUCCCUGGAUUACAGCCUCCGGAUCUACUGUAUCCAUGACACCCCACAUGCACUCAAGGAGGUGCUGGAUUUGGAGAGGAGUCUGGGUGGAGUUUUGCUGGAAGAUCCCAAGCCGCUGCUCUUCAAAGAUAGCUACCACAAUCUGCGACUGUCCAUCCACGACAUUCCCCACACUUACUGGAGAAGCAAACUUCUGGCCAAGUACCAGGAGAUACCGUUUUAUCACAUUUGGAGCGGCAGUCAGAGACCCCUGCAUUGCACCUUCAGCCUGGAGAGAGGCAGCCUGGCUGUGUCGCAGCUCACCUGUAAGAUCUGCGUCCGGCAGGUGGAAGGGGAGGGACAGAUAUUCCAGCUGCACACUGACAUCCAGGAGGUAAUGGUGACGUCUGAGAAAAUGCUUGCGCACACACGCACACACACAGAUAACGCUGCAAUGCAGCUGCACAGUUACUCCAAUCAAUACAAAGGUUGGUCUCAGUGCUUCUCGACGCCUCUGCUCUUCCAGACUUUACCUCCGCACUCGCCCCUCCCCUCAGGAGGAACGUGCCUACCUUCCUCUCAAGUGGGACCUUAUGCCUUUCGCUUGCCUGACUCCAUCCGCCAGAAAAUCUGCGCCAGUUUGGAUGCACCCAGCGCUCGAGGAUGUGACUGGAGGCUUCUGGCUCGCAGUCUGGGCUUUGACAGGUAUUUGAACUACUUUGCUACAAAGCCCAGCCCCACAGGUGUUCUGCUGGACUUAUGGGAAGCAUGUCACCAAGGUGACGCAGACUUGGUCUCUCUGGCGACCGCACUGGAGGAAAUGGGCAAAAGUGAGGUGCUAGUUGUCAUGACAACUGAUGGGGAUUGUUGAUUGGUCAAGAAACAAGAGAGCGAGACUUUUUUUUUUUCUCUCUCACCACCACCGCAAUGAGAAUACCUGCCUAUGAAUGAAUAUGCACACACGCCAGCGCGAAUCAUAAACCCACAGAGCAUUUUGGUUGCUUCACAUAAACUUUAUUACCUCUGCCUCAUUUCCCUUUUCACUGGCCCUGAAAAGAUCAGCCACUGUAGCUCCAUGGCCACCAUAACAUAUUCCCAUACGUGCCAUCCACCUGCUAAGCCGAUUCGGCUUGAGCCCUCCAAAGCAACGUUGCAUCUGCGAGACGUAAAAAAAAACAAUCCGAGGGUACCAAGGCAUAAAGUGGCUCUAAAGUCGUCUGUCAGACAUGGUGUUGACUGCCUUUGAAUGUUGAAAAUGGCUCCACGCUUGUAUAUACAAAUAUGAGUGCUUUGGGAAAAAAUGGAAACGUUCAUGUAUUCAGCACGCUGAAGCACGCACAACGACACAAACGCUAACGCGGGAUGGCCCGUGUUUCAGUAGCAGCAUGAAAGUGCAUGAUUUAAGAUCACCCUCACCUCAUGGCAGAGGACUUUUGUUUCUUCAUUGUCAUCCCCAUGUGUGCGCUGAAGGACGGGCAGCACCGACCUGCCUUCAGCCUCCCCAGGCUACACACACUCCAACACACACACAGGCAGAGCAGUCAUUAAUCGGCUCUAAAGCAGACAGGCUAGGAUUUCUCAUCUAACUGCUUCGACUGGUGACAAAUCGUGUAACGAUCGAACCCUCAAGGUUCGAAUCUUUUGGGCGUAAAAAAAAAAGCUGCCUCUCCUAUGUUAUAGAAGUGCGAAUUUUUGAAGCUUGCUUCAGAAUUGGCGAAUAACUAGACCGACUCUUUAUACUGUACCAACAAACGCCUCAAAGCCUUGGCAUAUCAUUCCGACUCACAGGGGUGUUUCUCUUUCAUCUCUCCUUGCAUUCCUCUUUCACUCUGCCACACUUCAAUCUUUUGAGAAUAAACUGCAGGAGAGCUUUCUGGUCAUCCCUUAAAAAAACAUCAACAAAAAAAAAGUUUCCUUUGGGGAACGCUUUAAUUUAUUGUCCAGAUUUGUGGAUUCUUUGUUUUCUGUUUCUUUUUCUUUCACUGUCACUGGUGUUACGAUCAUGUAGAACCUGUUUUAACAUCUGUGCUUGUUUAGGCUACUGAUCUGCUGUGUAUUAUUUUUUUGAUCCUAGUAGAGCACGCCAAAAUUGAAGAGUUAGGACACAGUGGAUGUCUGUGAAUAACAAAACUAUGUUUAUUUUUUGUUUUUUUAUUCUUGUGCAUCGAUUCAAAAAAUGUAAAAUAUAAUCUGUAAGACAUGAUUAGACGGGGGGUCAAGUGUCCUGAUGAAUUUGCUGUACGCUGUAAUUUGGAGGCUUUGCUGUAAUUGAAGGCCAUUUCCCGAGAUCGCACAUGAUUGUAGGAUAGAAUAGCCUUGCUUUGAAUCAAAUGGGCAGCAAGGGGACCGUGAAACUUACCUCAACACCAUCGGAGUUAUGUUACAAUCUGUUCUCUGUCCACCACUUAUCUAUGUGUCCAUAUGUCCAUGCAUCGCCCUGUAGCUCAUUCUGCCUCCCUUCUCUCAACUCUUUUAAUCUGCCUGCUUUGUGGUCAGGGUCCUCAAUCUGUUUGCAUAGUCACUAUUGUUCCGUCAGCUUAAAUGCUUUCGUCUGUAACAUUAUCUUUGCUUAAGUUCUGUGUUAUUGAGUCUUUUUUAUCCCUCUAAGCAAAAAAAAAGAAAAGUGUUCAUAUCUUAAACAACCACAAGAACCAAAACACAGGCAGUAUCCCUCCUCCUCAGCAGUGAGUCAUGUCACUGUUUUGUGUGAAUGAACCGUGUGUGUAUGUGAGAGUGGAUGUGUGUGGGCAGGUGGGUGUGCGCGUACAGUAUGUGCACAUUCUUAAGAUCUGUCAUUUCUCUUUGUAAGUGCUAUGCAAGUACAUAAGAAAAAGUGAAGCGUUUUGACUUCUUUUGUUUCCUGGAAGAGUAAGAUUCUAUUUUUUCAGAUCAGGACAUUGACAGGGUUUUGAUUUUGUAUCCUAAAUUGGUUUAGGAGUAGUUUUAACAUUUUUUCGGUGAUGCUAGUCUGUGUGGGGAUUCUCCAUCCGGAGAACAAUUGGAUCACUGACCAAGAAAGCUGCUAACUUAAAAAAAAAGCACACGUGGGAAAACAAAGUGGCACAGCGACUGACAUGAUGACCUCGUGCCCUGCGGGUCUUUGCCCUGAGGAAAAUACCUGGACACAAUCUGUUCAGUACUUUGGAUCCCUGAACACUGCAGGACUUUUGUUUUUUCUUUCCUCGAGUCUUGUUACAGAGACUGACUAGCUGUAGACUACAGUGUUUAUUUGUCCAGAUUUUUUGAGUGUCUGCUGGAUCUUUGGCCAUAUCUCUGGAUAAUUUAUGCUGGAGCUGUACUGGAUUCAAAACGUGCUCCCGUCAAAGAGAAAAAAACUACCCUUUGUUCAAGAAGACAGACAUUUUUACAAAAAACACCCAAAAACAAACAAAAAAAAACUAAAACUAAAAACUAAAUGGAUUCAGUGACAUGAUUUCAUCUCUGUAAAGUACUAAUUGUAAAUAAAUGUCUAGCCUUCUUACCUGUAACUAAAUAUAAUUUUUAUGCAAUAAAUUAUAUUUCUUAGUUUAA